UCUGGACAAGAUUAUCCCGUGACAAAUGAUGACAUUCAAGUCCUCUUUUUCUAUGACUCCGAAGAAAUUUUCAACACGCGUGGAGUAACGUGCAGAGUGACUGGUAUGUCCCCGCUUUGGUCCGUGAAUGUGGGAAGCAGCACUGAUCCGGAGGGAGCUGAAAGUGAUAACGAAGCAAGUUUGAAACGUUUGGACUUUAUAAUUUUAACAAUUGGGUUUCCGGAAAACGAAGAGAAAAAGAAGAGUUUGAAUCUGUUGAGUCCACUUUUCCUUGACGAGACACCAAAGGUGCAAAGAGACGAUCCAUCAUCGAAGACCCGUUUAUGCAUUAUUGGGCAUCCACAUGGUGCAUACAAGCACAUCGCAUUUGGCGAACUAAGUUCAGAUCCAGAACGUCUGUGGCGAGAAUGGAAACGUGUUGAAAACAAGUAUGGCGUAGAACACACUGUAGCCACCUGUCGUGGAUCAUCUGGCUCACCUGUCAUAAGGUUCGACAUAUUAAAGAACAAUUCAUUGUUCACUGGUCCCUAUGCAAUUUGUCUGCCAUUUUUCCCGUUUCUCCACUUUCAAGGUGCCUCAAACUUCGGAGAUGCUGUAUCAGGACAAAGUAUCUUACCUGAAACACGAAAGCUUUUGAAAAAACGCGAUUAA